UAUAAAUAUAUGUGUAUGGAUAGUAUUGUUCUCACUCCCCUUUGUCCAUGCACCAAGACUAGCAGGUCUGAAUCUGAGAUUAGAUUUGGACCGGCCGUUGGAGGGGAGGAGAGCAACUUCUCCAGCUACCAGCCCAUAGCCACUCCUCUCCAUCCGUCUUUAUCUCCCAACAAAAAUCAUCUCUCCCACUGCGACUCCUCUCCUCUUCUCCAAACCAUGACUCUUUCGCCGCUGUUUGUUAGAUCUGUGGUGAGGCUGGUGGGGUUGCUGGUGAGUCGGCCGGCGGCGUCGGUGACGACCAUCCUGUACUACAGCCGUGUGCUGCCGAGGAACCGCAGCUUGGAGCGGUUGGUCCGCGACGAUCUGCUAGACGAUGAGAACUACCUCUUCCAUUUUCUAAUCAGCAUGCUGAGGUGCUUCUGGUAGAUUUCAUCAGGAAUAUUCUGGUGGUGAUCAUUUAACUGGUGGGGGAUGAAUUAUUUAGAUUAGGUUCUUGGGAGAUGAAAAUUAAGCUGGCUAGCUAGCCUCCUUCUAUUGUCUUUUUUUUGUUUUCAUCUUCCAUACGAAUUAAUUUCCUGCAAGCAUGAACGCUUUGUAGGUUCCCUCUUUAUACUCACCGUUUUUAAUGAGAAAACUUGUUGGGGCUGAGAA